AUGUCACGGGUGGCGCCGCCGGGCAAAGAAGAGCUGGCAGGGUCCUUGCCUCACUUUCUCUACGAGGAAUUNNNCGUCGUCAGCGGCCAUUCCUUGCUGCACAGCCUUUGUAGCAAGUACACGGCCUUCCAGCGUGAGCUGUGCGUCCGUUGCUUUGUCGAGUGGCACAUUAUGGCACAAGAGACACUCUUUCUGCCUGGCGGGCAAUGUGAGAGCCUCCUUUUUGUAGUGCGUGGUGUCAUCACCUACAGCAAGGCUCGCCUACCUCCAGUGACAGGCUCCAUCUCCAACGCCGCUUGGGCUCAGAUCUUGCCCUCCUCGGUACCCGAGGUGACCGAGGUGUCAAGCCUAUCGGAAGGUGAUUGGCUCUGCGAGCACUGCCUUUGGACAACUUGGAACUACCUGGGACAAGCCCGCGCUGACUCCGGGGCCGACAUGCUUUGCCUUAGCCGCGACAAGAUGUGUGAGCUGGCCCAGGUCUGCAAGGAGGCCGGCUCGGAACUGGCUCAGUAUGCCGCGCUUGCGGUGGGCCUCUUGAACAGCACGGCCGAGGACAAACUCACCGACUUGCCGAUCAAGUUUUCUCAGUGA